UUAAAAGUGAAUGGGAGAAGCGAACGACGGAAAUUCAGGCUGCUCAGAUCGCCCCCUGGGAGUAUUUGAGAGUUCCAGCGUCUGCAGCUGAAAAACCGAGAGGGCUCUCCCAUCCAAGGUGUAGUAAUUCCCUGUGGCUAGGAGGACACCGGUGUCUGGCUUCCUCAAAGACAGGUUACACUAACGCAGCCCCGUGAAAAUCUCUGGAGACCAUGGCCAAGAAAAGAGUUGCUGUGAUUGGGGCAGGUGUGAGUGGGCUCAGCUCUAUCAAGUGCUGCCUGGAAGAAGGCUUGGAGCCCCUCUGCUUUGAAAGGUCUCAUGACAUCGGAGGGCUGUGGCGGUUCCAGGAAGAACCUGAAGAAGGAAGGGCAAGUAUUUAUAAGUCAGUGAUCAUCAACACUUCGAAGGAGAUGAUGUGCUUCAGUGACUAUCCCAUCCCAGAUCACUAUCCUAACUUCAUGCACAACUCCCAGGUCCUGGAGUAUUUCAGGAUGUAUGCCAAAGAAUUUGACCUUCUAAAGUACAUUCAAUUUAAGACCACUGUGUGCAGUGUGAAGAAGCAGCCUGAUUUCCCCACUUCAGGCCAGUGGGAGGUGGUCACGGAAUCUGAAGGGAAAAAGGAGACGCAUGUCUUCGAUGCAGUUAUGGUUUGCACUGGCCAUCACACCUAUGCUCACUUACCCUUGGAAAGCUUCCCUGGAAUUGAGAAGUUCAAAGGACAAUACUUCCAUAGUCGAGAUUAUAAGGAUCCAGAGAGUUUCACUGGAAAGAGAGUCAUUGUAAUUGGCAUUGGGAAUUCUGGAGGGGACCUGGCAGUGGAAAUUAGCCACAGGGCCAAACAGGUUUUCCUCAGUACCAGAAGAGGGGCUUGGAUCGUCAAUCGUGUAGGAGACUAUGGAUAUCCUUAUGAUAUAGUUUUCUUAUCUCGAUUUAAUCUUUUGCUGAAGAAGAUUGUUGGUGAAUCAGCAGCAAAUAGACAUUUGGAAAAAAAGAUUAACCAAAGGUUUAAUCAUGAAAUGUUUGGCCUGAAGCCUAAACACAGAGUUUUCAGUCAGCAUCCAACAGUAAAUGAUGACCUGCCAAACCGUAUAAUUUCUGGCUUUGUGAAGGUGAAAACAAAUGUGAAGGAAUUCACAGAGACAGCAGCCAUAUUUGAGGACGGCUCCAGGGAGGAUGACAUUGACGCUGUUAUCUUUGCUACAGGCUAUAGCUUUGCAUUUCCUUUUCUUGAAGAUUCUGUCAAAGUAGUCAAAAACAAGGUAUCCCUGUAUAAAAAGGUCUUCCCUCCUAACCUUGAAAAGCCAACUCUUGCAAUCAUAGGCUUGAUCCAGCCCUUGGGUGCCAUUAUGCCCAUUUCAGAGCUCCAAGGACGCUGGGCCACUCAAGUAUUUAAAGGGUUAAAGACAUUGCCCCCAAAAGGUGAAAUGAUGACAGAAAUAGCUAAGGGUCACGAAGCUAUGGCAAAACAGUUUGUGGAAAGCCAACGCCAUACCAUUCAGGGAGACUAUAUAAGUACCAUGGAUGAGCUUGCUGAUCUGGUGGGCGUCAAGCCCAAUCUGCUGUCCCUGGCCUUCACUGACCCCAAACUAGCAUUCCAGUUAUUUUGGGGACCCUGUACUCCAAUGCAGUAUCGUCUACAGGGUCCUGGAAAGUGGGAUAGAGCUCGGAAAGUGAUCCUCACCACAGAAGAUCGUAUCAGGAAGCCACUAAUGACAAGAAUAGUUGAAACCGAUAAUUCCAAGACUUCGACAAUAACAAUGGCCAAGUUUAUGUUGGCUGUUGUUUUCUUUGCUAUGAUUAUAACCUAUCUGUAGCUGUUCCAUUGUCAUGGUCCCAGUUUUCUUUGAAAGCUGAAUCUGCAGAUGCCUUUGGAGCCUGACAAGAUUCAACAAUGUUCAUUGUCCAAAAAGAGAUCUUUCAUAUUGUCCAGAAAUCUACUUUUCUUUCUCUUUCCAAAGCAUUCAUUCUUUUUCCUCUUUUCCCUACAGUGAAAUCUCAGCAUUUCAUUUGUAUUGACUUACUUCCCUUAUUCUUAUGACUCAUUACAUUUUCCUUCCAGUCAUUCCUGGACCAUGAGCUUAGAUACUCUUUUAGUCAUCUUUGUUUCUCCUUAGCAGAAUUCCUGGCAUGUGGCAGGUGCUUAAUAAAUGUGUGCCGUUGUUUAUCAAAUAUUGUGGUGGGGAACAUAAGCCAAUAUCUACAUAAGAAAUGGGUGACUCCAUGUAACUGUGCUUCUGACAGUAUUUGGUGUUCUACUAGAAGCUGAAUCUUUUGUUGUUUUGAAUAUAUAACUAAAUGCAUUUUUCCUGAGAGAUAAGAGGGGAAAAAAAUGGUCUUAUAACUGUUGUACACACCUAAGAUAAGACAUAUAGACACUUAAACAUUUCAUUUCACUAUCUAUUCACUAGUAUAUCUGAUAGCUGGUCAUUUUUCUUCUUUUCCCCUAAGCAACACAUCUCUGUUUUCUCACUGAGAACUACCUUCAACUAUCUAGGCUCAUGGAUCGUUCUAACAAUCUAGCAGCUGCCAACAGGCUCAACCUGACUGGAAAAACUGGGAUUUUAAAUUAGCAGUCCAGUCCUUUUUGAUCUCUCAGUUCUCAUAUUAGGAUACAAGACUUUAUCUUAGGAACUGUGAUAAGUAGCCAUCAACUGCUAUAGUAUGACCUACAAAUGUGACUGGAUUUCCCCCCCACCCCCAACUCCUACUUUCUCCCCUCCAUACCCUCCCACACUCAGAAAGUCAAGGUAAUUCAAAGAGGCCAGUUAUGUAAUAAAUUAAAAUUGAUGAUAACUAAAUAUAGGGGGUAUUCUACUUUUAACAGUUAUGUCAGAAAUUGCAAGUUAUGAAAAACAAAGCAAAUGAAAUGAAAAUCAGGGACUCCAGUUUAUGUCCAAGAGCUGCUGUUGAGUCUGUUUUCUCAUCCAUAGUAGUGUUGCUCUGUUCUUCUGCCUCAGAGAAGUUAACUCAAUGUUAACUGUUGGGCAAACUGAAUUUCAUGAAGAAAGGUACUGGAUGUACCCAUCAAGUGUGUGUUCAUAAAGACGCUGUUGUGUAAUACAUUUUGGGAUUGCUGUCUAUGACUUAACAAAAGAAUACGUUUGACCAGCUGAAGAAACAACAUUAGAAAUUAUCUGCUUUCCCAGUAUAAAUAAGAGAACCAGAAAUGUGAGAACUACAACUUCUUCUUAAUCAUAAAACUAUUAAUAUGUGUACAAUUCCCUGCUAUUUUGCCUGUGGAAAAACUUUUUGAGAAUGAGAAGGUCUUUUGCCUUCCAUAAUUCUUGUGAUACUUGGGAUUUAUCUUCUAUUAAAAUGGACCUAGUAUUUUUUUUUUUAAUUGGAGUAGUUGCUUUACAAUGUUUUGUUAGUUUCUACUGUACAGCAAAGUGAAUCAGCUAUAUGUAUACAUAUAUGCCCUCUGUUUUUGGAUUUUCUUCCCCAUUUAGGUUACCACAGAGCACUGAAUAGGGUUCCUUUUGCUAUACAGUAAAUUCUCUAAAAUGGACCUAGCAUUUUCUAAUCUGCAGACUAUUCUGGUGCAAGAGUAAAUGAAAAGCCACUUCUUUUUCAUUUCCUUCUUUUAACAUAUACAUUUUCCUCUUUUAGUGUGUAAGUUUGUUGAAUUAAUAGUCCUUUGACAACAUAAUUCCUAGUUAUCAGUAAUAAAUACUCCACUUUCCUCUUUAAAUAAAAAGCAUGUAAUUCUAAGUUCAUUGACUCUCUCACUUUAUGUAUGAUAUGAAAGUUUACCAAAAAAAAGCCCAUCAUCGUAAACCAAGCUAAAAGUCAGAUGUGAAUAGGAAAGUGAACUCAAAACAAACUCAAGAUACAAAGCCCUAGUUACUGACCUUGUUGUCGUUGUUGUUUAGUUGCUAAGUCAUGUUGUUUAGUUGCUAAGACUCUUUUGACCCUAUGGACUGUAACCCACCAGGCUUCUCUGUCCAUGGGAUUUCCCAGGCAUGAAUACUGAAGUGGGUUGCCAUUUCCUUCUCCAGGGGAUCUUCCCAGCCAGGGAUCAAAUCCAUAUCUCCAGUGUCUCCUGGAUUGCAGGUGAAUUCUUUACUGCUGAGUCAUCUGGGAAGCCCCAGUUACUGAUUAAUACUCAUCAAUUUACCACAUCUUUCUUUUGUAAUUAUAUUAAAAAGUAAUAUCAUUUUCCUAAUUAUAUUAUACAAAAAAAAAAAAAAAGAGAGAGAGAAAGCUUUCUUGUAGUACCAGAAAAUAUAUGUAACUCCUUGGCUGAUUCAUAUCAAUGUAUGACAAAACCCACUGCAAUGUUGUUAAGUAAUUAGCCUCCAACUAAUAAAAAUAAAUGAAAAAAAAAAGCAAACUGGUGGGAGUAUGUCAUAGGGACACAGGAACCAACUGAAAAUGGUCCCAGUGGCCAAAGCUGAAUAACAGUAUAAAUAAUCUAGUGAUCUCGAGUGGCCUAGGCCUGCAGCAGCUUGAAGUGGGGUUUUGGUUCCCAGCCAGAGACUGAGGCUGGAUCAUGAUGGUGAAAGCACCAAAUCCUAGCCACUAGGCCAGUCGUCAGUGACAAGGCCCUGGCUCUUCAGCUUUGCAGAAAAGAAUUCCCACAAAGAGAGAAAGUAGUGAAACCAGCAAAAGUAUUUAUUAGGAAGAAAAAGAGUACCAUAUGUGUGGAUAGAUACAUAGACAGAGAGACCGUCCCUGAGUUGUGCCUUCGUGGCAAUUUGAAUUACUUUUAUGGGCCAUUUCUUCCAGUUUCUUUCGGCCAAUCAUUUUGAUUUGCCUGGUUUGGUGUUCAUAUUUGGUAUAUCUCAGGAUCCUCCCGUGUGUGCCAAGAUGGAGUCUAUGGAAAAGGCCUAUGGGUUGAGCAUCCCUUAGCACUCUCCUUCAAGGAGACUUUCUGUGAAUGUGUGGUCAGGAGGUCUCCUGGCUUCAAGAAUAAGAAAUACAUGGCCUGGGCAGGGCUCAACCUCUUCCCUCAAUUGUCUCGAUAUUCUUGUCUUGGAGUUUCAGUUCACAGGGAAUAAAUCUCCAAUCACUUUACUGGGUGGGGCGGGGGCACGGUUAUCUACCUCCUGCCUCACUAGUACUGGAUUACAAUAUAAAGUAUUAAAAAUGCCCAUGAGUCCAUACUGAUAUAAAUAAGUGAUUGAGUAAUAAAUAGGGCAGAACAGACAAAACUCCCAAAGAAGAAUUCUGAACAUUUACAUAACUACAGUACCCUCAAGGAGUUGAAGCAUAAUUCCCCACUCCUUAAGUAUAGGCUGCAGAGAGUGACUUCCUUCCAAAGGGAACAGUAUGAAAAGCGGGGGGAAUAACUUUGCAGUGGAGAAGUCCAACAAACACUACCUCAACUGGGUGAUCAAGAUUAACAUCAACAGUGAGGUCAUGUUGACAGUAUGUACUCUUGAUAUGAUGUGAUGAGAAAGGUACUUAGCAUCUAUGGUCUUCCCCCCUAAAACCAUAACCCAGUCUACCUGUGAGGAAAACAUCAGAGAAACCCAAGUUCAAGAAUAUCUUACAAAAUACCUGACCAUCUCAAAACUGUCAAGCUCAUCAAAGAAACAGGAAGGUCUGAAACUGCUGUAGUAUAGAGGAGCCUAAGGAGACCUGAUAUCUAAAUGCAAUGUAUCUU